CGAAACGCUAGCUACUCUGUAGCCCGUAUCAGUUAAUACGGAAGUCAGUUCAUUUCGCAAGAAAUUGUUUUUAAUUUCCCAACAAAUUUACAAAGAUGGGCUUCGAAACGUGUGGUCCCAACGAAGUAAUGGUGGUUUCAGGGUGCUGCCGGGGAGCCUCCGAGUAUGUCCCUGGUGGCAGAGUUUUCGUGUGGCCAAUUAUCCAAAAAAUGCAGAAAAUGAACCUUAAUAUGGUGACUCUUGUCGUGGAGAGUCCUAUGGUGUAUACCAAGUUCGGUGUGGCUAUCUCUGUCACAGGAAUAGCCCAGGUGAAGGUUCAGGGCCAGAGCCCCGAGAUGCUUGCCUCCGCUUGCGAGCUGUUCCUGGGAAAAUCUGAAUCCGAGGUGCGCAAGGUGGCACAGGAGACACUUGAAGGUCACCAGAGGGCCAUCAUGGGGAAUAUGACUGUUGAGGAGAUCUACAAGGACCGCAAGAAGUUUUCGAAGCAUGUGUUUGAUGUGGCCUCCUCUGACCUGGUCAACAUGGGCAUCUGUGUGGUCAGUUACACCCUCAAGGACAUUCGGGAUGAGGAGGGGUAUUUGAGAGCUCUUGGUAUGAAGCGAACAGCUGAAGUCAAGAGAGACGCGAUAAUUGGAGAAGCUGAGGCGAAGAAAGACUCUGGGAUAAAGGAAGCGGAAGCUGAGGAGCGUCGAAUGGCGUCACGCUAUGCCAACGAUAUUGAGAUUGCCCAUGCCCAGCGUGACUUCCAGCUCAAGAAGGCUGCAUACGACAUGGAAGUCUCCGCCAAGAAAGCUCAGAGUGAACUGGCUGCUGAACUGCAGACUGCAAAGACUCGCCAGAAGAUUAAGGAUGAGGAGAUGCAGGUCAAGGUCAUUGAGCGUACACAGCAGAUCCAGCUAAAUGAACAGGAAAUCAUCCGUCGGGAACGUGAGCUUGAAGCCAAGGUUCGCAAGCCCGCUGAGGCUGAGAAGUACAAGAUGGAGAAAUUGGCAGAGGCCGACAGGAACCGUGUAAUCUUGGAGGCAGAGGCUGAAUCUGAGGCUAUUCGCGUCAAGGGAGAGGCAGAGGCUUUCGCCAUUGAGGCUAAGGCCAAGGCUGAAGCUGAACAGAUGGCAAAGAAAGCUGACGCCUGGAAGGAUUACCAGGAUGCUGCUAUGGUGGAUAUGAUCCUUGAAACUCUGCCUAAGAUUGCAGCCGAGAUCUCUGCACCUCUCUCACAAACAAAGAAGGUGACCAUGGUGUCAAGCGGCAAGGGAGAUGUGGGCGUGUCUAAACUGACCGGGGAGGUUCUGGACAUCAUGGAAAAGAUGCCAUUGGUCGUGGAGAAACUCACAGGAAUCAACAUCCAGAAGAGCAUCCGAACAUCAAUCAAGCGACAGUAGAUUGGAAGUGUUCAGAGAACAGUCACAUUACUAGUGCAUUUUCGAAACUUUGGAACAUAGUGACGUGGUUGACUGAAGUUGUGUCAAGUAUAUGAGUGUAGUAAUUUGAAAUCAUCAGAGAAAGUAGUUCCCAUUCAUCAAUUUAGAACAGAGUUUCAGAACAAAACAAUAUUUACACCUAAUCCAAUUUUCAUUCAACACGAUACACCCUAAAAAGACAAUAAUGUCAACAAUUUUAAGAUCUAGGCAUGGAGAAAGAAUUUUUAAGUGACUUUAUUCAUUUUUGUACUUUUUUUAUUAUCUGUAUGGUGUAAAAUUGUAUGUAACAUAAGUAUUCAGGUGUUUAACAUGAUUGUAAUUUUAACAUUUUAAUCUAUAUUUAUUGUUAUAUAUGUAACACGUAUGUUGUACAAUCAAAUAUGAUUUGUGUCAUUGGCCUGAUGAGUUGAUAGAGAAUGUUAAUUUGCAGAGAAAACAAUAUUGCCUGUGAAUAAUAAAAUUUGAAAAGUUGGAACUUGUAUAAUUUAGAGUUUUGUAGAACCACACUUUGCUCACCAUCUUUUCAGUAUUUUGAAAUCCGAUUUUAGUGCAGACAUUGCCUAACACGGCUUUUACAGAUUUAAGAUUUUGAUCGAAUGGUUGACUCUUCCACAAGCAUGCAUUUGUUGUAAGACUUCAUUGUGUUAUUGUAUCAUAAUAUAUUAUGUAAGUCUUGUUCUUUCAAAUUCAAGUCAUGAAUGUCUAUGAAUGUUUAAUGUCAGAUAUUAUAAACACAGCUCCAUGAAUGUCAAUGCAAGUUGUGUAAAGCUUUUUACGGACUUGUUCAUGAGCAAGUAUUGAGAAUAUUAUCAGUAAAACACUGAAAUUAAAAUAUAAAAAAACAGACAAAUCCGUUGUGAUUGCCUUUGACAAGAUAGUUGUCCUUUCUGAGAUUAAUUUAUUUUGAAUGAUUAUGUACAUGUGUACCUUGUCCCCAUCUUCAUGUAUAUUAUUAUUGUAUCUUAUUGCUACAUAAAGCUUCUGUUUAAAUUUUAUUAUAUUGAUAUAUAGAUGGUUUUUACCAGUAAGGAAACAAAGGACAUUUAGUUAUGUAAUAAACAUUAUCCAGAUACGCAAUCAAAGUUUGUAUUCUCUUCUACUGAAAAUGUCUGUGUUUGGCAGCUAGUCCUUGUGUUAAUUGUUUUUAAUCUCUAAAGAUUUUAUAAUUUUCUAAAAUGCUGUACAUAAACUGGCCUUAAUGUUAAAGACUGCUUGCUAUUAUUGCCUGCUCACCUAAAACCUAAGAAUCAAUGAUCUUUACACUGUGCUGCCAAUCUUUGGUUUGGGGUUUUUAUUUGGUAAACAAAUAUGUCUUAUAAUUAUUAUUUAAAUACUUCGUCUUGUAGGUUUCCUCAUGGAUUUACAUGUAUUUUGCCUUACUGCAGUGUUUUGAAAUAAUAAAAAAUGACCAGGAUCCAUCUGCACUGGUUGUAGCCACAAUGCUCUCAUUUUGUACUGAACACAACUCCAACAUGGUAUAACACAAAGACUUUUAUGAAGGAAUGUAAGUUACAUGUACUUUACAUCCAAAAUCAAUAAGCGAAAUAAUUUUCUUUGGAAGAUGUGUUAUAAUAUAUACAAAAUGGUUGGUAUAGUUGUAUACAUGUAUUGUUUUGAAUAUAACUUUAUUUGUAUUGACACAACAUACAUAAUUGUGUUAGUAGUUGUAUUGUAAGUAUUCAUCGUUAUAUCUUAAAUUCUAAGUUUUAUUCAAAUAAUAUUUCUUAACACAGUGUGUGCAAAUAUAUACUGUCAUGUUCAUGAACUUAACAGUUUUAUUUUAAGUUACCUCAGUCAUAUUUUUAAGUUACCAUUGUUUUAUUAUUGUCCUUUAUUUAGUAAUAGUGUGGAUCUUAUUUGUAUUCCUCAUUUAAACAAGAUUGCAGAUUGCUCUUAUAAGUAAGCUGGUGGUUUUCGUACAAACCAUCCAUUCUUUAUAUUGUCAAUCAUAACAAGAUUUCAAUAAAAACUGUUUUAUUUAUAUGUCAGAAACAUAUAUUGUUUAAUUACGUAAUGCAAUACUCUUGUUUAUUUUUAUUUGUUUACUCUCACACAUGCAAGAACUCGCUGUACCAGUGACAUCAAGCAUAUUGAAAAAGCUGGAAAAUUAAUCUUCUAGUCGUUACGAAUCAUUACCUAUAUUACUGUACACUUAUUGUGCAUUUCCCAAUAUUAUCAGACUUUAUGACUUAUUCCAUGUUGAAAGAUCUAAAACCAAUUAAGUCUCAUAAGAAAGGAAAAAAAAUGUCAUUGUCAUUUACAUAGCUCAACGUUCAUAAAUGUCACCAAGUUUUGCAUGUAUGUUACUGAUACAGCAAGUUUCAUAUACUUCAUUGUAUUCAUGCCCAUAUUAUGUAUGUACUCUAUGUAAACUACUGUACUGAAAAUUGUUCAGUGUUAGUGACCAUUAAAGUAUCCUAUCAUA